AUGUCCACUUCCACUGGGCCAGAACCAGUGGACCAGGCCCGUCGCUGGGACAAGAAGAAGAAGGAUUUCGUACAAGUACCAAGGCCAAACAUCGUUCUGGCUUACAAUCAGCACAUGGGAGGCAUCGAUCUCAUGGAUUCGUGUAUUGCGCGCUACAAGUAUCCGUUGAAAUCCCGACGUUGGUACAUUUACUUGUUCUGGCACUUUCUGACUGUGUGUGUCGUCAACGCUUGGUUUGUCUACCGUCGCGAACACGAACUGUUGAACAAAGACUCAAAAAAGGCGAUGAAUCUACGUAAUUUCCAGGCAAACAUUGCCACUGGGAUCAUUGAGGUGAACACCACACGGAAGCGAGGCAGACCAAGUGAUGCCAGCCCUAAAGCCAAGGCACCAAAGCAAGUACGUCAGCCACCAAACUUGGACUCCAGAAAAGAUCAGAUUGCUCACUGGCCAGUAAAAUAUGAAAAAAGGCGUCGCUGUGACCUAUGUGUAUCACUGAAAACAAACACCUACUGUGAGAAGUGCGAGGUACCACUGUGCUUCAAUGAAAAUCGGAAUUGUUUCAAGGCUUACCACAAAAUGUGA